AUGGCUAACAUCACGAACGCCUCGUCAUCAUCGUUCUCUUCGGGUCUCCGUCCCUUGGCGAAGGACUUUUGCGUGUUGAUUUUGCCUGAUCCGGAAUUCGACAAAGCCGCCGAACGCUUGACUACCAAUCUUGUAACAAGUGUUAUAAAUGUAGUGUUGUCACCGUUCGGCGUAAUAACAAACUUUUUCAUCAUCCUGGUUAUCAGCAGAAAGAUAUCUCUUUGGACUCCCUUGAACGUGUUACUGGGAUGUUUGGCUGCAUCCGACUUUCUUGUUGGUUUGCUUGUUCAACCAAGUUACGUUGCCUUCAGAUUAAUGGAGAACCAGCACAAGUUUGUCCCAUGCGCUUUACGGUUGUUCUACUCUACCGGAUUUUUCAUAUGUUAUGGCGUCUCUCUUGUCACUUUAUGCGCCAUUAGCUGGGAGCGAUUCCUUGCGCUGCUACUUCCGCUAAAAUACUCGCAAUUGAUACGUUUGUCAAGAGUCUCAAAGCUUAUAAUUCUCAUUUGGUUGGUGAACAUCUUUCUGACACUUCUGCAGUGGGCCCAUUGCGGAGCAGCCAGAGGUAUUCAUCUUGGCUCGUGGUUGGUUUUAUUACUUGCUGCCGUUGCGAGCCAGUUGAGAAUCCUCCCGAUCAUUCGGUACCAUCAGAAGCAAAUCAAGAAAAUUCAAUCAUCUCAGCCACAAACUCAUGCUCCGAAUCACACUCACAUGCAGGUAAAGUUUGCAGCUAACAUUGCAUGUAUCGUUACAGUUUAUUUAGCAUUCAAUCUUCCAGUCCUUCUCAUCACUGCCAUCCAUCAAGUUGUUCACAUUGAAAUAAAUACCUACGAUUUGUACAGUUGGGCCGAGACAGCUGCGUUUUUUAACUCGUCUGUUAACCCAGUCAUAUGCCUUUGGAGAGUGAAGCUAAUUCGCAGAGAAAUCAGAGAACUUUGGACCUGUCGAAGGGAGAGAAAAAUUGCCAGAUAUUCGUCCAAUACCACAUCACCAGACAAAGAAGUUUCUCUGGUACAAUUUAGACGUUGCCAAGAACCACCAAUAACCUUCAUCGUCACGAAUAACGAUUUGUCCGAUAGUGGAGACAUUAAGAUCAUUACCUAAUGAUCUCAAAGUUUUUUAUAGAUACUGCAUCUCAAAUGAAAGGCAUGACACAGACUUCAGCGUCAAUUUUUGUGUCCGACUUCAUCCAGAAACUUACCCAAACAUGCUAAUCAUAAAUUUGUUUGUUAUUUCUUACAAAUUUCCGAAAAAAACUAAUGCUUCCACUAAAAAGGAACUGAAUGUAGUACACAACUUUGGAAAAGGAUCGUAA